AUGUUGCCGCAGGAGAAUGCUCAGGACAAUGCACUGAAUGACGAGUUGCCGUAUCUAACAAGGAAAUCGCAGUUCUCCGCCCGCCGCAUCACCGCCGACCACACCAAGUACCACCACGUGGUGGCCAACAUUCCACCUGCCACAGCGAGCGAGGUGCGCGACAUUCUGCUUGCCCCACCAGCCGAAGAUGCCUAUCGAGCGCUCAAAGAGACGCUGAUUCGCCGUCUAACCCCUUCGGAGCCGGAGUGCCUGCAGCAGCUGCUACGCGAGACCGAACUGGGCGACCGCCGACCCAGCCAACUGUUGCGCCACAUGCAGCAACUAGCGGGCUGCACAGCAGGUCUCGGCAGUCGCCUGGUGCAGGAGCUUUUCCUUCAAAGACUGCCCGCAACCGUGCGGAUAGGCGUCACGGCCUCCGGAAAGACGGACGUUUCCAAGAUCGCCGAAAUGGCUGACCGACUCAUGGCCGUCACCACGCCAGCAGUUGCCACAGUGCUCGCCGAAGCCUCGCCCUCCCCCGCCUUGCUGGAGAUUCGUGAGGAAAUUUCCCGCCUCGCCGAAACCGUCGCGGCACUACAGUCAAGCGGAAGCCAAAGCAUACGGCGGCGUGCUACAGAACAACAGCGGUAG